CUCCAAACAUGAAAGAGACACAGAUAGUUCAUUGAGCCGCUGUUUUUGAAGUCCGACGACAAGGGCUUCUCUAGGACAUUUAGUUAGUUUAAUAUGAGCGAUAGAAAGAGUCGCAAUGCAGCUCGUGAAAUGACCGAUGACAGGGUUAGAGGAGUUGUCAAAUGGUUUAACGUCAAGGCUGGAUAUGGCUUUAUUACUCGGUCUGACACCUCAUCCGACAUAUUCGUGCAUCAAACAGCUAUUUCGAGAAAUAACCCAGGGAAAAUGCAGCGCUCCCUUCAAGAAAAUGAAGAAGUUGAAUUUUUUGUUGUCGAGGGGGACAAAGGUGUAGAGGCCUCCGAUGUCACUGGGCCUGACAGAAGGCCGGUGAAGGGUAGUGCGUAUGCUGCGGAUCGUCCUUACGGGCGAAGUCCCAGGGAGUAUGGAGCGCGCGGUGAUAGAAAUGACUCAAAUGGUUAUAGAAGUAAUGGGUUUGGAUCGUAUCGUGGAAGAGGUAGAGGUCGCGACGGGGCCAGGGUCAGUACUGUUGGGUAUAAUAAUAAAUGUUUAGUUUACUCUGAGGCUUUGGUAAUGAUGUCUGAAGGAGUUAGUAAUGUCGUAUCACGCAUAUCAAUAAGUUUUUGCAUAGCUAGAGCUUGAUCUGAUUAUCUGAAAGAUAAUUAGAUUGUUCAUACCACAGUUUAGUCCCUAUCUACGUUACGUACAGCGUCAAGUCACGGGAACUGGUUGCUUUGACUGCACAGGUAUUAGUGCACUUCCAUACGCAUUUUGUAAAUCUCACUUGAAGUAUCUCAUUCCUAAUGUUCCUUCUUAAUCAAUAUCAUUACUGCCACAUAACUCUAUUAAACACUCAUCUGAUUAAAUUCAAUCUCCGUACCAAUGAUGUGUAGCUACCUGGACCAACGUAUAAGCAGUAGACUCAAAGUUAAUUAUGAAUGACUACACUGUCUUACAAAGUGCGAUUAAAAUUCUUGAACAAUUUUCAAACAAGAGUCUGACUUCCACAUUGAUAUCGACUAAUGGAAUAAGUAUUUUGCAAGUGACUGUAUUUGAUAACGAGAAACCUAACAUGAUUCGUAUCAGGGAUGAAAUGGUUAUCGUUCAAUUGCAACAUGCUAGAAUCUGCUAAACUGGUGUGCAUAUGAAAGUGGUAUUUUUAAAGUUCAUAAAAGCAUGCUAAGGCAGCAUGUCAAUAUACAUUAUACUAACUAGGUUAUACAUCAAAGAAAUUCGACAAACGCAACACCUCCGAGCCAUGUAGAUUUGCAAAGUUUUGAGAUUUUAUAAAUGCAUUCUUUCUUCGUUCUGAUGCUAAUCACGCUGAGUCACUGCAUUUUCCAUCGUUCAAAUUUGUACGCACGUUUAUACGAAUUGCGUUGAUAAUAUCAUGGGAAUUGAUAUUAUUUUCACUCCACGUGUAGCUAGUUUAUUAUAUUUGUGUUGAUGUGAUGGGUAUAGAACAUACAAUAGUGCACUUAGCUGAGAUACCUUACGGUCUCAAUUAGUGAUAUAUUAGCAGCUUAUCGUGAUGAUAAUGGGGUCGUGUUGUGUGGUUUUUUUGAGCCAACGUACAUAGUGAUCAUAUUGUUGGUAAGUUACUAAAACAUCGUCUGACAGUCUAUACUUCCGUUUUCUAGUUGAUUUACACUACUUCGAAAGCAUAUUGUUCAGAGAGACUAAUAUUCGUUUUUUUUUAUAAUUGGCUAUUAGGCUGGUGGUGAUUUCUCAAGGAGAUUUGAAGAACGCAAUCCACGGGAUCGUAGUCGAGGAUAUGGUGUGAGGGACAAUGGUGGUUAUUACUCCAGCCCAUAUUAAUUUCAAUCUAUGUUGUACAUAUUGCAUUUUUAAUGUCUAAUUUGUACAUUUUAUCUCGUAAUACCUUGUUCUAGCUGAAAGUCAUUUUUCUGUGGUUAUCACGAUAUAUGCAUUUAUAUGUAUCUAAAAUAAAUUUUCGUUGGAAAUUAAAAACUUAGUGACUGCUCCCAGUCCGAGUAAGCUUCGCUUAUAGCAUGUGUUUUUAAUCCGAAUUUGUCCUAUAAUCUGUUUUAAAUAAAAAAUAACUUGGUUUUGUA